AUGUCUCUGGCCAGGGAAAAACCAAGGCAGCCAAGAUUCCAUUUAAGGGUUAAGUUAUAUAAAAGGACAAUACUGACGCAAGGUUUUAUUCUACAGCCUCCCAAGAAGGAUACAAAGCAGACAUCCUCCAAACCGAAAGACAAACCAUCUAGUGGUGGUGGAAAAGCUAAGAAGAAGAAGUGGUCCAAAGGAAAAGUGCGAGACAAGCUAAACAAUCUGGUCCUCUUCGACAAGGCCACUUAUGACAAGCUUUACAAAGAGGUUCCCAGCUACAGGCUGAUCACUCCCUCUGUUGUGUCUGAAAGGCUGAAGAUCCGGGGAUCCCUAGCACGCCGUGGACUGCAGGAACUUCUCUCCAAGGGCCUGAUUAAAGAGGUGUCCAAACACCACUCUCAGCUGAUUUACACCAGAGCCACAAAGGGCAGUGAAGGCCAAGAACCUGCUGCUCAGUAAUGUGAAUAAUGUGGAGUAAAUAAAUCAAGUUUCAUAUUGACA